UUAUGAGCAUCGUCCACCGCAAUAGUUGUCCGUCUAUGCCGUCGAACUCUUAUGUACAGCCCCUGCACCCCUCGGUGGUCCUCUGGUCCAAGGUAGAUGGAGCAACGGAGUAACGGAUAGAGAAGCUCAGUUAGUCAAAUCGAAUGGCAUGAGUGACAGCUUCAGGUCAGGUACAUAUCGAGUUGCCAGGGAGAAUAUAAUCAACUAUAGCAGGUGGGAGCUGGAAACGGAAACUUUGUCUAGCUGGAGAUAUCGAAACUUAAAUACCAGGCAAAAUGAGCAACAGAAUAAAACAAAGACGCCACAGGACGUCUCGUAGCGCCGAUAGUAUGCAUCCACCAGAGCCAAAGGUUUCGUACUGGCCCUUCUGGCGUGUGGUCUACUGGUUGGCUGUCUUCAUAGUCGUGGUCAGCUUGUGCGUGGCCUUAUACUUCACCAUAAACUCGGACAUAGGCCAAUGCCACUCGUACGACGUCCGGUGCGAGUGAGUGGAACAGUCGAGGAAAAUGAUGAACUGCUUGAGUCUCUAUAUGCAAACCCCAUACCAUAGUUUGUUAAACAUUUUUAUUCCGUUCUAAAUUUAUGUACAAUAUUAAUUAAAGCUGGGGACGCUGUAACAAGACUAUCUACUAUUGU